UCAGCCAUUUUCUCCAUUCCUGUCAAAUCAAUUUAUAGUUCACCAGAAUUUUCCAAAGUUAAUCCAGCAGAAGUUUUUAAUUCGUCAUUAGUUCUUUCGUUUUUUUGCUCGCAAAAAUUGUGUAAAAGUGUUUAGGCUGUUUAUUUUUGUAAUGCUUGUAGCUGAAGCAACGAGUUAAAACAUUUUGCAAAUAUCUGUUUUGAGUUCUCGGAAAAAUAUUUUUAAUUUGCAUCAUUGCUUUUAAUAGAGGGAGGAGCAGCGCGUGAUCGAGAGAAAAAACUUUUCAAUUGAAUUUUAGUGGCAGUGCCAGCCGAAGCUUUUCACCAUAGGGCUAUCAGAGACUGCUGUAAUGGACAUCAUGGCUUCAAACCUUCAACAGCAGCGAGCCAUCACCGAGCAGUUGAGGCGUGAGGCCUCAAUCCAGCGAGUUCCGGUAACGCAAGCCGUCGCAGACAUAGUAAAGUAUGUGACGGAGCAUGAAGCUGAGGACUGUUUGCUGGUUGGCUUUUCUAGCCAAAAAGUUAACCCAUUCCGGGAAAAGAGCUCUUGCCAAAUUUUGUAAAAUGAGCAUUGCUUAUUCUGCUCCGCAUUAUCAACCGUUGGAGGGGAGUACCAGUCUAAAGUGAAUCUCAUUCGGAUGUCGCGCACGGGAAGAUUAAAACUGCCCUGUUUAAUUUAUACCAAGGGGAUAGCGGCGCAGAAACGGCAUGACGUCAGAAAUAUCUGUUCAUCUAUGUGUACUACUAUGAAUGUUUAAACGAAACACGACAUUGUGAGCAGCCUAAAAAUAUCAAUAAUCCCAUUAUUAGGUAGAGAACGCUUGAUGUGGUAGAUAAUGUGCGAAUUUAUUAUUUCACAGGUAGCAAUCCUGUAAACACAUAACACAUUAGAACUUUUCUAAACUGACUUCUACGUGUGGAUCUGGUAACGAGUCACGAUUUUCAAAUAAAAACUAAUUAUCAGUAUUGAUAAUGAAGCUGCAACUAACCAUUGAACCAAAACAGCAGAAAUGGCAAAUAUACAAAAUUAUUCGCAUAAUCUAAUUUACGCAAUAGUUGUAACUGCAGUUCCGGAAUUGUUAAGUUAUCAAAUGUGACGCCAAUAUAAAAUUAACUGUUGAAACUAACGCAAAUAAAAUCAAAUGUAGGAUGUAUAAGGACUUACUAACACGGAAAAUCUACCGCCGUGAGACGGGUGUGGUACGAUCUCCUUGAAGGUCUUGAGUGCUGAAAGUUGAACCGUGAAGAGAACCCAAAAAAGCAAGUGAAGAUCGAUCGCAUUUCGUUGAAGGAUAAUAAAUCGUAAUCUAUUUAUGUAUGGUGUACCUA